UAUGUGGUAAAUGUACUGGAGUAAUCGAUAGAAAUAUCCUUAGACCAUCCUCUCAUAUUCUAUUCCUUAUCGAAAGACGAAGCUUCUAUCCCAGGAACAAAGCCAAAAAGAAGUCAAGAUUGAGGAAGACCAAAAUUAAUUUCUAAAAUUUGCGAAAAUGAUCCAAUACGUGUCCGGUGAGGUUCUUCCGGUUCUUCAGAGAUGAUAAAACAAACAACCCGUGUCGUGUGUAAUCGCGUGUGGAAGUAGUCGAAGCGAUCGCUUCGUGGGAACAUAUGUUACGGAGCCGUGUUGUUAAAAUAUACUCAAAUGUCGACGUUAAACGAAAUAAGAGAAAAAGUGGAGGCUCAGUUGUGUGAACUGGAGGCACUGCAAUCCGUUUAUCCAAAAGAAUUAACGAUUGCUGAUCAUGGAAAUUUGGCAGAUCUCAAUGAAUUUGUUUCCGGUAAACGUGCUGCUCCCCCAUUAAGACUUGAAUACACUAUCGAGAUUACGACUCCUGAGGGAUCUGCCGAACUCCAGGUGAAUCUACCGUUCAAGUACCCGGAGGAGAGGCCUGAAAUUUACGUGAGAAGUUCGUGCCUCGAUCGGAUCCAACAGACACGCAUGAACGAGGAUCUCAAGACUUUCGUCGAUCUUCAAGAAAUCGAUGAACCGUGUAUCUAUUCGUUGGUAACUUGGACACAGGAUUAUUUCGAAGGAUACGUCAGGAAUUCACAAAAACGAUUGAAAAAAAAUAAUGGGCUGACCAAGAAGACAGAAGAAAAUAGAAAAAUGCCUAUUUUCGCUCGAUAUUGGAUUUACAGUCAUCAUAUUUAUAGUAAUUUAAAGAGAAAAGAUAUAGCUGACGAGGCUAAGGAAAAUUCUCUAACUGGUUUUUGUCUCGCUGGAAAACCGGGUAUCAUUUGUGUUGAAGGCGCCAAAGACGACUGUGAAUAUUGGUGGCAAAAAAUCAAAGUAAUGAACUGGCACAAAAUUCUUGUCAAACUAAUCGAGGACGAAGAUAUGUUUGAUAAUAAUUUAGAGAAUUAUCGGAAGUUCAGUGAAUUUCAAGAAAUAUCAUUUCCAACGACAGAUAAACAUAACGAUAUGGGACAACUACUCAAGUAUCUCACGGAGCAUGGAUGUCAGUACGUUUUUAAGGAGCUUUUUGGAGUCGAAGGAAAAAUUGCUGUCUCUACAGAAUGAAACGUGUAUAUAUAUUUUCCACAAUAUUGUGUCAUCGAUUCUAUGAAUUUUCAAAUCAUGUAUUUUUCCAAUUUUUUAAAAUCUUUUUCUACUUAUAUAGCGACAUUUUUUUUAUGAUCAAGCUUAAAGAGAUAACGAAUCGAAUUGUACAUUUAUAGAGCCAUAUACUUUUAUUUCGUUUGAAAUUUUUGUGCUAUAUAUUAUAUGUAUAGAAAUAUUUUUUAAUGAAAAUAUAAUAUAAAAAAUAGUAAA